UAGGACACAUUUGGACAGAGCAGGCUCCUCAGGCCUCUAUGAUGCCUAUCCCUGCCUUCUGGGUCCACCCUCCUCCUCUUUGCCUGCUGCUGACUCUGCUCCUGGGACUCCCAGGAGCGGCAGGUGAUGGGGAGCUGCAGGUGAUUCAGCCUGAGAGGUCUGUGUCAGUUGCAGCAGGAGAGACGGCCACUCUGAACUGCACCGUGACCUCCCUGAGCCCCGUGGGGCCCAUCAAGUGGUUCAGGGGAACUGGGCCAGGCCGGGAGUUCAUCUACAGUCAAAAAGAUGCCCCCUUCCCCAGAGUUACAAAUGUUUCAGAUGCCACCAAGAGAAACAACAUGGACUUUUCCAUCCGCAUCAGUAACAUCACCCCAGCAGACACUGGUGUCUACUACUGUGUGAAGUUCCGGCAAGGAGAACAUGGUGAUGUGGAGUUUAAGUCUGGACCAGGCACUCAUCUCACUGUGAGUGGAGCGGCAGGUGAGGGGGAGCUGCAGGUGAUUCAGCCUGAGAGGUCUGUGUCAGUUGCAGCAGGAGAGACGGCCACUCUGAACUGCACCCUGACCUCCCUGAGCCCCGUGGGGCCCUUGAAGUGGUUCAGAGGAACUGGGUCAGGCCGGGAGUUAAUCUACAGUCAAAAAGAAGCCCCUUUCCCCAGAGUUACAAAUGUUUCAGAUGCCACCAAGAGAAACAACAUGGACUUUUCCAUCCGCAUCAGUAACAUCACCCCAGAAGACACUGGUGUCUACUACUGUGUGAAGUUCCGGAAAGGAGAACAUGGUGACGUGGAGUUUAAGUCUGGACCAGGCACUCAUCUCACUGUGAGUGGAGCGGCAGGUGUGGGGGAGCUGCAGGUGAUUCAGCCUGAGAGGUCUGUGUCAGUUGCAGCAGGAGAGACGGCCACUCUGCGCUGCACCGUGACCUCCCUGAGCCCCGUGGGGCCCUUGAAGUGGUUCAGGGGAACUGGGCCAGGCCGGGAGUUAAUCUACAGUCAAAAAGAAGCCCCUUUCCCCAGAGUUACAAAUGUUUCAGAUACCACAAAGAGAAACAACAUGGACUUUUCCAUCCGCAUCAGUAACAUCACCCCGGCAGACACUGGUGUCUACUACUGUGUGAAGUUCCGGAAAGGAGAACAUGGUAACAUGGAGUUUAAGUCUGGACCAGGCACUCAUCUCACUGUGAGUGCCAAGCCCUCUCCGCCCAUGGUAUCCGGCCCUACAGUGAGGGCUACACCUGAGCAGACAGUGAGCUUCACCUGCACAUCCCACGGCUUCUCCCCCAGAAGCAUCUCCCUGAAAUGGUUCAAAAAUGGCAAUGCACUCUCAGCCUCCCAGACCAGCGUGGACCCACAGAAAGACAACGCUUCCUACAGCAUCAACAGCACAACUAAAGUGCUGCUGGCCCCAGGGGACAUUCGCUCCCAGGUCAUCUGCGAGGUGGCCCACGUCACCCUGCAGGGGGGCCCUCCUCUCCGUGGGACUGCCAACUUGUCCGAGACCAUCCGAGUUCCACCCACCCUGAAGAUUACUGGAUACCCCACAUCGGGGAACCAGGUGAACGUCACCUGUCAGGUGAACAAGUUCUACCCCCAGCGCCUACAGCUGACCUGGUUGGAGAACGGAUAUGUGUCCCAAACAGAACCGGCCUCGACCCUCGUAGAGAACAAGGAUGGGACCUUUAACCAUACAAGCUGGUUCCUGGUAAACUCCUCUGCCCACAGGAAGGCUGUGGUGCUCACCUGCCAGGUGGAGCAUGACGGGCAGCCGGCGGUCUCCAAAAACCAUACCCUGGAGGUCUCUGCUCCCCAGAAGGACCAGGACACAGGUCAAACCCCUGGUCCACAGCUGUCUUCUCUUUGGGCCGUUGUCUUCCUAGUCCCCAAGGUGCUGCUGCUGCUCACUGUAUCUGUCAUCUUUGUCCACAGGAAGUGUUGAGCCUGACCCUCCUUCCUUCCUCCCUGCUAGGUGCCACCGUCAGCCUCUACUGUCUCCUUCCCUCACUGGGGACACAGCCCACAAGAAGGACCCAGCUGAAAGCCUCCACAACUCUGCUCCAAAAGUCUUCUGUCCAUGGAGAUCUGCCUGCCCACAUGUUCGUGAAACCCCCAGAGCUGAAUCUUCGUAUGUGAUCCUGAGCAGAGAUCAUGGGAAGUAGCUCUGGAGACUGACUCACAACAUCUCCCUGGGACGUGAGAAUUUAGUUCAGCUCAGUCGCUCAGUCCUGUCCGACUCUUUGCGACCCCAUGAACCGCGGCACACCAGGCCUCCCUGUCCAUCACCAACUCCCGGAGUCCACCCAAACCCAUGUCCAUUGAGUC